CCCUCCUCCAGACAGAAGCUCUCUGUGUCUCCGGGUUUUGACGUCAUGCUGGAGCUCGGCGCCCUGCGGUGCCUGGUGCUGCCCGGAAUCAGCGGCUCCUCCGCGGCUCUGCGGGAAGGAAUCCCCGGGACACUCCUCUCCUCUCAUCAAGACACGUCUUGAUAGACGUUUGUUGGAACUUUUAGCACAUUAACGGAGUAGCAGCUGUCGGUGUUUCAGCUGCAGAGAGUUUUUACUGCUUCUGGGUGAAGCUUAAAGUUAAGAUGGAGAGAAGCGCAGAGAAAAGCGGCACCUAGUGGAGAUUUAGCGGAAACGUCCUGCUGCAAAGUUCAGGUUUUAGAGAUGUUUGAAGGCUGCAACAUUUUAAAAUCAUUUAAAGCUUUGUGGUUAAAUAUAUUUCAGUGUCCACUGCAGCAGAUUGCGUGUAUUUAUGAGAGGUAGAAGUCGUGCUCAGUUGGUUCCAGCGGUGCGUAAAAUGCGUCCUGCCGCUGGCGGCGCUGCUGAUCCUCCAUCCUCAUCCUCGGCGGACAAUAGCGCAGCAGGCAGGAGGCAGCAGCGGGCUCCCUCACCGGCUACAGCCCAGGAGAGAACCGCCAGACAGUCAGGCCGCUCCAGGUCUCCUCUGAACCGGGGAAGGAACAGAGACGCGGCGGGCAGGCAGAGCCGGAGGUCCGCGGACGGCAGGGAGAGGGAGCCCGAGAGCCGCCGCGCAGCCGCCGCUCCGCUGCCGGAUGGUGCUGAGGCUGAUACCGUCACAGCAAACAGGGCGGAUGCUGCCGAAGAAGCGCCGACACAUUCAGGCCGCCGCUCAGCCUUAAACUGCUUCAGAGGAGACUCCGACCGGCGUCGGCUCUCCGGCACAACUUCCGGGAAGGAAAAAGGCGCAGAGGGAGGCGGCCACCGGCGGAGAGGCGCAGAGUCUGCGGGCUGCGGCCUCGGUUCGGGUCUGUGGAGGGGAGGAUGCUUGCAGGCUGAGCUGAUCCACUUCCAUCUGCAGAAGAGACUCAGGAGGAGCAGGAUGCAAACCAGAGCCGAGGGGAUGAGCUCCGUGGAGGCCGCGCAGGAGCAGCCGGAGCCGGGCGCGGAGGCGACAGAGGCGGGGUCGGUGACACAGCAGGACCAGGACCAGGCCCUGGAGGAGGAGAUGGAGAGGCUGCUGGACGAGAACGAAGAUCUCAAGUGUGAGAUCGAGGAGAUGAGGACUGAGAUGGACGAGAUGCGAGACACGUUCUACGAGGAAGACACUUGUCAGCUGCAGGAAAUGAGGCGUGAGUUAGAGAGAGCCAAUAAAAACUGCCGGAUCCUGCAGUAUCGCCUGAGGAAGGCCGAGAGGAAGCGGCUGAGAUACGCCCAGACCGGAGAGAUCGAUGAGGAGCUGCUCAGGAGUCUGGAGCAGGACCUGAAGGUUGCCAAAGACGUGUCGGUGAGGCUGCACCACGAGCUGGAGAAGGUGGAGGAGAAGCGAACGAAGACUGAAGAGGAGAACGAGAAGCUGAGGCAGAAGCUCAUCGAGGUGGAGGUGACCAAACAGGCUCUGCAGAACGAGCUGGACAAAACCAAAGAGUCUCAGAAGAGAAGAGGAAGUAAGGACGUCCCGAAGUCGGACAAGAAGGCAGCACAGACUCCUACUGAGGAGGACAACGAGGACCUGAAGUGCCAGCUGGCCUUCAUCAAGGAGGAAGCGGUGCUGAUGAGGAAGAAGACGGCCAAGAUCGACAAGGAGAAGGACCGGCUGGAGCAGGAGCUGCAGAAGUACCGCUCCUUCUACGGGAGAGGAGUCGGAGCUGAAGCUGAGGCCCCGCUGGUGAGGAGGAGGCCACAUCCUGGGGAGGAAGAUCGUGAGCUGGAGUGGAAAAUAAAUGUAAAAAUGACCAUUUCCACUAAAAUCAUGCCUCACUUCUACUGUCUGAUCUCGUGGAUGGUUUUCCUCUCCUCUGUUGGUGGAGUUAACUCCUCACCUGUUUUUUUUCUCCAUCAGGUGGAGAACAGAGGCCUCCGGGCCGAGCUGGACGACCUCCGCGGUGAAGGUGAAGGUUCUGGAGGCUCCGGCUGCGGGGCUCAGGGCGGCUCCGGCGCCGGCCGAGGCCUCGGAGACGACCUGACGGAGCUCCGGCAGCAGCUGCAGCUGGUGGAGGACGAGGCGGAGCUGCUGAGGAGGAACCUGGCCGACGCCGAGGACCAGAACAAGAGGGUCACCACCGAGCUCAACAAGCUGAGGUUCAAAGCAGGAACCCACGAAGGAGGAAGCCGACACGGAGCAGGAACGUCUGGAGGGACGGACGGAGCGAAGGCCGACGCUCUGCAGGAGGAGCUGAAGGCGGCCCGGCUGCAGAUCAACGACCUCAGCGGGAAGGUGAUGCAGCUUCAGUACGAGAACCGGGUCCUGCUCUCCAACAUGCAGCGCUACGAUCUGGCCUCCCACCUCUCUUUACGUCCGAGUCCUCGGGACAGCGACGCCGAGAGCGACGCCGGCGGCGCCACCAGCGGCCGGCGUGAGAGCGACGAGGACUCCACCUCGUCCCGCCUGCUGCCGCCUCACCGUAAGCGCGAAGGUCCGGUGGGCGGAGAGAGCGACCCGGACGAGGUGAGGAACAACAACAACGGCGGCGGCGGCCGGUGUCUGACGCCCACCAGGGGGCUGUACUCGCCCAGCGGACCCGAGGGCGCCGCCUCCUCCGCCUUGGCUCGCUUCCUGCCGGGACGCUGCAGCCUGCGGGAGCGGCAGCAGAUGAUCGACAUCCGGGUGGAGGCGGAGCGGCUGGUCCGGACCAUCGACAGGCUCAUCGCCGACACCGCCGCCAUCAUCUCCGAGGCCCGGGUCUUCGUGUCCAACGGAGACCUGAUGUUCGGCCGCGGCGGCGAGGACGGCGGCGAGGACGAGGGCGGACGGAUCAGAGAGCACGAGCUGCUGUACCGCAUCAACGCCCAGAUGAAGGCCUUCAGGAAGGAGCUGCAGAGCUUCAUCGACCGGCUGGAGGUCCCCAAGACGGAGGAGCGCGACGAGGAGCCGCUGUCGAUGUUCCAGCCCAUCAUCCUCCUCAUCCUCAUCCUCGUCCUCUUCUCCUCCCUGUCCUACGCCACCAUCUUUAAACUCGUCUUCCUCUUCACGCUCUUCUUCGUUCUGUGAUGCUCGUUUCCCUCGUUUGUUUUUUUUGUUGCUCUGUUGAUUUCUUUGUUUUAUUUUUUUGUUGUCGUCGUUUUUUUUUUCCCAUCCCCAUCAUCAUUUUGUUGCCAAGGUAACCAAGAGCUCAGACAGCAGCCCGGCGUUCGCACAUCUGAGGACGUGUGGCGAGUUUCAGUGUCGUCAUGACAACAAC